AUGACACCUCAACCCAACUCUCGUCCCGCAUUCGACAAUCUAACCAUUGACCCUUCGGGGCCCUCAGGCAACGCAUGGGGUUUGUUCGGUGCCAGCAACGAACUUGGUAUGUUAAACCUGCUCACUCCCGAGAGCGUGCAUAGAGCAGCAUCGGAGGAGAUCCGAGAGGGAGUCAGGUUUUCACUUGAUCUACCGCUUGAUCGAAUCAAGAACCCGAGUUUUGGGCGCAAGCCGUUCGCGCGGGAAUUGGUGAACAAGGGACCACGUAUUGUGAAUGAUGAUAUCCUCAGGUUCAAUACACAGUGUAGAAACCAUACGCACAAGUGCUACUUCAACGGUCAUUCACUGGAGGAGUUGAAGAUAUCCUCUGUCAUUGGUAUCGAUGCAUGGGUAAAGCACGGUGGCAUCGUUGGCCGCGGCGUCCUCAUCGACUACGCCUCAUGGGCCACGACGAACUCCGUCACCCUCAGCCCUUUUACCACGAGUAAAAUCUCCUUAUCAUCGAUCCAGCAAAUCAUUGCAGAGAAGAAGAUUCACUUCCGUCCCGGCGACAUCCUCUUCCUCCGCACAGGCUUCACAGCUGCCUACGACCAGCUCUCCGCUGAGGAAGAACUCGCCAUCGCACAGCGCGAAACCCCGCAGUUUGCGGGCCUGGAGGCCGGCGAGGCAACGCUGCGUUGGUUGUGGGAGAACCAGUUCGCAGCGGUUGCCAGUGACUCGCCCAGUUUCGAGCCGGCGCCUAUUGCAGGGCCUGACGGGCCAGCUGAGUUCCAAUUGCACCAGUGGCUGUUGGCUGGUUGGGGGAUGCCGAUUGGGGAGUAUUUCGAUCUGGAAGGGGUUGCUGAGCACUGUAGGAAGACGAAUCGGUGGUCUUUUUUCCUUUCGAGUGUGCCUCUGAAUGUCCCUGGGGGUGCUGCGAGUCCCCCUAAUGCGGUGGCAAUAUUUUGA